GAGUGGUUGGUGGCGGCGCGUCUUUUGUGACUGGUCAUUGGUCGGCCUCUGGGGAUAACCAUCCCAGUUGCCGGAGAAACAUUCACGUCACGGCUUAAUUACUCAGCGGUGAUUGGUGAUGGGGACCAAAGCGGGUUCCGCGGACCGUCUCCGCCUUUUUACCCCUGUAGGUUAAAUUUAAAACCCCAGGUGACUCUUGGAAAUCUGUGCUGUAUGAUGACCGCGAUGGUGAGACCGGUGAGCAGAGUCCUGCGGCUGGGCUGCGUGCUGGCCUUUUGCUUCCAGGUCCUGGUUCCCUGCGGGCUCCCUGGGGCUUGGGGCCUGGACAACGGCUUGGCGAUGACCCCUACCAUGGGCUGGCUGCACUGGGAGCGCUUCAUGUGCAACGUGAACUGCCAAGAAGAGCCGGAUUCCUGUAUCAGCGAGAAGCUCUUCCAGCAGAUAGCUGAGAUCAUGGCCUCAGAUGGCUGGAAGGAUGUAGGUUAUGAGUACAUCUGCAUUGAUGACUGUUGGAUGGCUCCAGAAAGAGAUUCAGAAGGCAGACUUCAGGCAGACCCUAAACGCUUUCCUGGUGGGAUCCACCACCUAGCUGAUUAUGUUCAUAGCAAAGGACUGAAGCUAGGGAUUUAUGCAGAUGUUGGAAAUAAAACCUGCGCAGGCUUCCCUGGGAGUUUUGGAUACUAUGAUAUUGAUGCCCAGACCUUCGCUGACUGGGGAGUAGAUCUGCUAAAAUUUGAUGGUUGUUACUGUGACAGUAUACAACAUUUGGCAGAGGGUUAUAAGCAAAUGUCCUUGGCCCUGAACAGGACUGGCAGAAGCAUUGUGUACUCCUGUGAGUGGCCCCUUUAUAUGCGGCCCAUCUUUAAGCCCAAUUACACAGAAAUCCGAGAGUACUGCAAUCACUGGAGAAAUUUUCCUGACAUUUAUGAUUCUUGGGAAAGUAUAAGGAAUACCUUGGACUGGACAUCUUCUAACCAGGAGAUAAUUGUUCCUGUUGCAGGACCAGGAGGUUGGAAUGACCCAGAUAUGUUGGUGAUUGGCAACUUUGGCCUCAGCCGGGAUCAGCAAAUAACUCAGAUGGCCCUCUGGGCUAUCAUGGCGGCUCCGUUACUCAUGUCCAACGAUCUCCGAAGUAUCAGCCCUGAAGCCAAAGCCCUUCUUCAGGAUAAGGAUGUAAUUGCCAUCAACCAGGACCACUUAGGCAAGCAGGGAUACCAGCUUAGAAAGGAGGACAACUUUGAGAUAUGGGAACGCCCUCUCUUGAACUUAGCAUGGGCUGUGGCUAUAGUAAACCUGAAGGAGAUUGGUGGACCUCGUUCUUACACCAUCACUCUUACUUCCUUGGGUCGAGGACUGGCCUGUAAUCCCAACUGCCUGAUCACAGAGCUCCUGCCUGAGAAGAGGAAGCUUGGGUUUUAUGAAUGGACUUCAAGUUUAAAAACUCAAAUAAAUCCCACAGGCACUGUUUUGCUUAGGCUAGAAAGAACAAGCUCAGCUCAGUUCAGUUACUCAGUUGUGUCUGACUCUUUGUGACCCCGUGGACUGCAGCAUGCCAGGCUUCCCUGUCUAUCACCAACUCCAGGA